AUGCUGUUCACCGUCUCGCUCAGCCUCCUGGCGCUUCCGGUCAGUCAAGUCGUUGCUGGCCCGGUCAUCACUCGUGCUGAUCCCACGACCGCGGCAAACUCCACCACCUGCAAUGGCAAGCUAUACACCUAUGAAGAGCUUGCAGGCUACGGGAAACUAGCCAGCGACGCCCGUGACAAGUUCGGCGACACCAUUGGUGGUAUUGGAAGUGCCAUUGCAUUUGAGAAGAAGUCUUGGAAGUACAAGAAAGGCGCUUAUCAGGGCGUCGUUUGGGGCCUGCCUGACCGAGGUUGGAACACUCAGGGUACUCAAAACACUCAGACUCGCAUCCACAAAUUCAGUGUCACCUUCACGCCGGUAGAAGCAACCCUCGAAAAUCCAGCCAGUCCGAACUUCCAGUUCUCUUACAUUGACACCCUUCUCCUCACUGGACCCGACGGUACGCCCUUGACAGGUCUUGACCCAACCGAGACCAUCACUUAUCCUGGCUUUCCUACCCUUCCUCUUGCUAGAUACACUGGUAAUGGCUUCGGCCAGAAUGGUACUGGCGGCGCUCGUGUCCCGCUAGAUACCGAAGGAUUGGUGCUCGGAGACGACAAGUCUUUUUGGAUCAGCGAUGAAUAUGCCGCCUAUGUCUACCAGUUUGACAAAAGUGGCAAGAUGAUCAAGGCCAUUCGCACUCCAGAAGCCUUUGUCCCCCGCCGCAACGGCACCGAGAGCUUCAAUGCGGCCUCUCCACCAAUUUACGACCCUGAACUUGAGAUUACGCCUGAAGAUCCAGACAGUGGUCGAGGCAACAACCAAGGCCUAGAAGCUCUGACCGCUAGCCCAGAUGGCAAGUACCUUUACACCAUGCUCCAGAGUGCCACAAUCCAGGACGGCGGCAGCUCUGCGAAAAAGCGUCGCAACACUCGCCUCCUCAAGUACCGCGUCAAAGACGACACAACCACGCUAGAGGCUGAGUAUGCUGUUCAACUUCCUGUCCUGCCAACAGGACGCGUUGCUAGCCAGUCCGAAAUGCACUACAUUUCCGAAACGCAGUUUCUCGUGUUAGCGCGCGAUUCCAAUGCUGGCCAUGGCGCAGAAAGCACUGAGUCCAUCUACCGCAACGCGGACGUGAUCGACAUCUCCAAAGCCACAAACGUCGCAGGUACAGUGGCCGAUGCUAAUGAUGGACAAAUCGCAAGCAAAGACGGCGUGCUGAAGAGCAGCAUCGUACCUGCUACCUACUGUCAGUGGCUUUCCUACAACAACAAUGCCCAGCUGGGCAGGUUUGGUCUCCACAAUGGCGGUGCACAAGACGCAAACCUGCUGAAUGAGAAGUGGGAGAGCUUCGCAAUGUUGCCCGUAGACAAGGACGACGAGAUCGGUAGAAGCGAGAGGCAAGACGAAAAUGAAGGAAAGCAGUACUACCUGAUUUCUUUUUCGGACAAUGACUUCAUUACUCAGAACGGCUACAUCAACUUCGGCCAGAACAAGUACGUAGAUGCGUCUGGCUACAAUCUAGACAAUCAGGUUCUGGUGUUCAAGGUUAAGCUUCCCAAAGGAGCGAACCCGUUGUAG